UCUCAUGCCGCAGCCGAGGAGGAUGUUCCCUCUGCUCAAACCGUUGCCCUCAUCAAUAUACGGGAGCUAGAAAGUAUUCUUCUUGCCCUAAAUUUCCCAUCUCUCUCUCUGUCUUUGCUUGUUCUUACUCUCUCACACAGUAUGCAGAGCAAAGGCAAGCUUCUUGAAGGGGAGGGGGUCGAGGUGAGGCAAUUGGAGGAAGGGCUUCGAGGUUCCUGGUAUCCUGGGGCAAUUCUCUCUGUUCUUGGGUCGAAGCGAUUUGUUCGAUACAACGAACUCCUUAGCAAAGAUGGCUCAACAAAGCUUGUAGAAUCCAUCCCAUUGAAACCAAGUCCCCGAUCUCUAACCUUCAAGACUGGAGCUCUGAUCCAUUACAGGGGUCGAAUUAGGCCUUUGUCACCUUAUUCUUCCACUCCACCUCCUGAAAAGCUCAGUUUUGGCAUCUGUGUUGAUGCCAUGUAUCAAGAUGCAUGGUGGGAAGGUGUAGUUUUUGAUCGAUUAGAUGGGCCAGGUAAAACAUCUGUGUUUUUUCCAGAUGAAGGGGAUGAAUUAUUGUUUGAUAUCAAGGAUUUGAGACUAGCCCAUGAUUGGGAUGCGUCCACAGGAGAGUGGAGACCUCGUGGUCGAUGGCUUUUGAUUGAAUCAUUAGAGAGGUACGGUCAACAAGAGGUCUUGGUCUCAAUAAAGAAUAUUUGGUACAGUUUGAGAAUUAGUCAUGAGUUUUUGAGAGUUAUUUCGGAGUGGACUUCUGGGGACCUAGGGUGUUGGUCUAAGCUUGUUGAUGAGGUGGUUAGAGAGAUAAUGCCUGGGGUUCAAGCUUGUUCCAUUGUGGGUUUUGAGCAUCCAGUCCAAGAUAACUUGGCAAAAAGGAAGGGGAGGAGGCCCAAGAAGAGAAAAAAGCUUGGUUCUGAUGGUUCCAAAGCUGGAGAGAUUCAGUUUGGUUAUAAUGGUGGAGAUACUGAUUGGGGUUUUAACAAUAGAGAUUGUGAUUCUAGUUUUAAUGGUGCAGAGAUGGAAUCAGGCUUAGUUAGCUCUGUCACUUUGGAGAAAAGUGCUUCAUUUGUGGUGCUUCCUGAACCCAUUUCUCAAAUUCUUUGUGGUGAUGAAAUUUUAAGUUCACAACCUAGUGCAUCAUUGGCUGAGAUGGCAGCUUGGGAGGAGCAACCUGAGAUUCAAAAUAGGGAUUUGUGUGAGAAUUUAUUGGGAUCAAAAGCCCAUAAGAGAGCAAUCGAUAAGAAAAAUACUAGUUUUGGCGGGAUUUGUCAGAAAAGGAGAAAUGGUGGUACCUAUAGGAGAUGUCGUAAGAGUAAGUAUGAAUGGGGAGUGGUAGUCACCAGGAGUAGGUACUGCUCCCACGCAAUAAAGGAUUACUUUAUUGAAUAUGAGAAGGAAAGUAAGGUGGGACGGGCCAAGUGUGAUAUCAUACUGGCGAGAGAACAAGCGAGAAUGCAUCUUCAGGCCAUGGGUUGGAGGACUGAACGAAGGCUAUUCAAAACCAGGGCUGAUCUUCGAUAUAUUUCACCUCAUGGAAAAGCAUACUACUCUUUCUACACUGCUUGCUUGGCCUUUUCAAAGGAAGGAGAAGGAACACUGAGUGGCAAUAACAAUGAUAGUGAGGGGAGUUUUGGGCCCUUGGACGGGCAACUGGGGAACUUUCAUAUGGGAAAGGGCAAAUUGAAAUCGAAACGAGGUUGCAGAAAGAGAAAAAAUGGGAUCUCUUCUAUUGAUACUCCUUUAGGGAAGGUUGGGUCUCAUGGAUUAUUCAAAAAUGUAAGAGCUGGACGGGGCCACGAAAGGAAAGAAGGUGAUCGAGUUCCAUUGGCUAUCCAAGUUGUUGAAAAUGCUGAGCCAGAUCAUUUGGCUAAAAUGGGGGUUAGAAGAAGAAAGAAAAAACAUGAUAAGGAUGGCUCCUCUACUUGGAUGGGAGUGAAAAAGAGAAAAAAGGGACAUAAUGAUGGUUGCCGGAUGUCUGUACUUCCUUCCAAGAGAACCCCACAAGGUCUAUCAUUAUGUUCUGGCAAGCAAAGUGUACGAUCAGUUUUGUCUUGGAUGAUAGAGAAUGAAUCCAUAGGGUUAAGGCAGAGGGUUUAUUACUUGAAUGAAAAGAAUGGUCGCGUUAUGGCCGAAGGGCAGAUAAGUAGAGAAGGGAUUAGGUGCAAAUGUUGUAAGGUGGUGUAUAGUCUCUCUGGUUUUGGGGCUCAUGCGGGGAGCCGAAAACCUAGACCCUCGGCCCACAUAUUCUUACGAGAUGGUAGGUCCCUUUUACAAUGUCAAAAUGAGAUUUUAACCAACAAGAACAUCAAUGGAUUGGGUUCACAAUCAAAGGUUUGGAGGAAGGCCAGUUCUCGUCGCAAUAGUGACACGAUAUGCACUAUCUGCCAUUAUGGGGGAGAUUUGAUUCUGUGUGAUCACUGCCCAUCAUCAUUUCACUUGAAUUGUGUAGAUCUGAAGGAAGUGCCUAAAGGAAAAUGGUUCUGUCCAUCUUGUCGUUGUAGCAUAUGUGGUGGGAGCGAGUAUAAUGAUGAUACCAGUCAAUUUACGGAGAUGACAGUUUUAUUUUGUGAUCAAUGCCAACUUGAGUAUCAUGUUGGUUGUUUGGCAAAAAAUGGUGAACCAAGGCUCAAACAUUGUCCACAAGGAAAUUGGUUUUGCAGUCGAAAAUGUUCCAAGAUAUACGCAUGUCUCCAUAGGCUUAUGGGGAAGAAAAAUCAAACUUAUGUUGAAGGCUUAUGUAUCACUUUUUUGAGAUCAACAAAAGAUGACGGUGGUCACUUUACCGCAUCAGAUAUUGAAACCAUAGCUGAGUAUCACAGCAAGCUAUCUGUUGCUCUUGGUAUACUGCAUGAAUGUUUUGAGCCAAUUGUUGAACCCCGCACAAAGACGGAUCUUGUCUCUGAUGUUCUUUUUAAUAAAUGGUCUGAACUAAGCCGGCUGGACUUUCGGGGUUUUUAUACUGUUGUUUUAGAGAGGGAGGAUGAGAUGAUAUCUGUUGCCACCAUCCGGGUACAUGGAGUGAAGGUUGCAGAAAUGCCUCUUGUUGCUACUCGUGUCCAGUAUCGGCGCCAGGGAAUGUGCCGCCUUCUUGUUAAUGAAAUUGAGAAGAUGCUUGCUUCAAUGGGGGUCGAAGCAUUGAUGUUGCCAGCUGUUCCUCGGCUAAGAGAAACAUGGAAAACAUCAUUUGGGUUCUCAGAAAUGUCCCAUUCUGAGAGAUUGAAACUUUUGGAGUUCACUUUUCUGGAUUUUCAAGACACAACCAUGUGCUGGAAGUCCCUGAGGAAACCUAGAGGAAGACCCAAACUAAUCAAAGAGAGGUCCAUAACAAUAUUCAACAACUCACAAUUAGAAAGAGUCUCUGAAGCUUGGGAAAAACCCAUUCCGAGUCUGCCUUGUUUUGAUGCUCUCAUAUCUUCUUCUCAAAAUCAAGAAUCCAUCUGCCAAAAGCUCCUCAAAAAACCAAGAGGAAGACCUAGAAUUCUCAGAAGGGGAACUGGAAUAAUUAAUAACUUGCUAGGACAUGAAUGUAAUGGUGCUUCCAUGCAGAAUAUUUAUUCGAAUGGUAGUAUUGCAUGUGCUUUACGUAAUCAAGAGAUUGGGAACUGGAAGCCCUUCAGAAAACCAAGAGCAGGAAGACCCCGAAAAUUCAGAAGGGGUACAGUAAAAGUCAAUAACAACUUCAAUUUAGAUGAGUUUGUCGUCUCAAAGGUGGGUGAUCCUGAGAUUCACUUACAAAGUUUAACUUGUGGAGAUACUCGUGUAUCUCCCUCCCAUUGUCAAGCCAUUUCAAGAGGAGACAAUAAUCAACAAAUCAAUGCAUCACAAGAUUCACAACUUUCAUUGGUUGAUCAUAUGGUUCAGGAUAUGGAUUCAGUAACAGUCGAUACACAAGUUGAUGAAAGUAUAAUGGGUCGUAUUCCAAGUUUAACUGACUCUGAUGCUCACACAUCUUCAUGUUGUCAAACUAUUUCAAGAAGAGAUAAUGGUCAGCAAAUCAGAGAGAUAGCAAUCAACAAAUUGAUGCGUACUCAUGCAUCUACUUCACAUGGUCAAGUUAUUUCAGAAAGAGAGAGCAAUCAACAAAUUGAUGCAUUACCAUCUUCAUCAAGUGGUCAUAUUCCUCAGGAGUCAGAAUCUGUUGUCGGGGUUGCCCAAAUUGAGGAAAGGGAAAGAGAUCACAUUCUAAUUUUAAGACAAAAUGGUUAUGAUUUACCUGAUUCACAUUUUGAAACAAUUUCAGGAGGAGAAAGCAAUCAAGAAGUUGGUGCAUCCCAAUCUUUAUUGAGCGAUCACAUGCUUCAGGAUUCAGAGUCAGUUAAACACGGGUCAAUUAUUGAGGAAAGAGAGACAUUGGCGAAAAUACCAGAACAAGUUGUUGCAAGUCAGGAUAAGGACUGCUGCACCUCAGUGACAGGUCCUCUGAAUUAUCAGAUACAAAGUGACUGCAAUACCGAGUUGAGGUUUUGGGGAUUGCGUUACAAGCGUAAACCAAAGGCCCACAUUACCCAGGAUUGCAUUCACGACCGUACUCAAAUUGCAUUGCCUUCUAAGAAGUGUUACACAAGGAGAAAAAAGGUUUAUCAGUUAGCAUCCCUUGUUGAUGGAGGUUUGCAUUAGCCAUAUUUUGUCUUCGCAGCCAUUCUGCUCACGUGGUGUAAAUUUUUUGUGAAUAAUAUACUGACUCUUAGAUUUCAGCCAGCAGCUUGGAAAGAAGGCUUUCACGUGUACUAUAUCAAAGAGGUGAGAAAGUUCCAAUCUUUCUUUUUUUUUUGGGUAUUGACAAUUCGGCAUCCAGUUAAAUAUCAAUGUAUUUUUUGACAUAUUGCAUUGUAAUUUCAAAAGUCCGACUAUUUCUUUGCUUCUCUCCUGUGAAUGUUUUGUUAAUAUGGAUUAAAGUUGAGGCACUUCUUGUA